AUGUCCAAUAAGGAAGGCUUUCAUCCAGCUUCGACACUGGAUACCUUCGAUGAUGAAGUCUUAGGCUAUGCGAUUGCCGGUGACGCAGCCGUCGCCACCCCCAUUCAUCAUGAAGCUGUCGACCAAGGAAUAAGGCCCAUUGUCGGCGGUAACGAUGCCAGGAAUCGCUCCAACCACUUAUUCUGUGGUUGUUGCUGCGAUAGUCGCCGUGCCACGAUAGUUGUCAAUAUGAUCGCCAUUAUCUGGUACACAGUCAUGAUAAUUGUGUUUGCGUUUCUGGGUGUCUCUAUUGCUGAAAAUGGAUUUCCAGGGGAUGAAGAAAAUAAUGCUCAACAAGACGGGGGAGACUUUGAUGAUGAAGGCCGUGAUGUCUUUUUUGAAGGAGAAGCCUUGGCAGCUGUGAUAAUAUCAACCGUGUCCAUUGCGCUUCAUGUCUUCGGAAUUUAUGGAGCAAUAUACUACCAAUCUGCAGCGGUUGCAGCUUCAGCUUUUGGCUACAUGUUUUCAUUUGCCCUUGCAUUGCUUUCGCUGAAUAUGACUGGGAUUAUCCUAUGCUCUCUUUUUUUCUAUGCCCAUGCUAUUCUCUUGUUGGAGAUUCGAAACGGCAUCAUGACGCCCUACAAUUACGAGAAUAUCAAGGCUUGCUGCGAAUGUAACUUUUAG